AUGGAUUCGAGUGGCUCAGAUCUUUCCAGUGCCAAGUAUGGAUAUGACUUCGUGGUGGCCACCACCCAGACCAGCAUCAAUUCGGAUCUAUUUGAGUUUCUAUGCUCGACUGAUAUGCCCGUCAAUUCGUUUUGCUGGCUAGCCGAUGAGGACGGCAAUCCGACUAUCCAAAAGACACUAGACGAGGUCAUCAGCGAGAGUGGCGGCGUGAACCCGUUCGACAUUCCGGAUGGAACAGACACACAAGACGAUCGCAUCAAGGCGCUGUAUGAAAUCCGAUUCUUCACCGGUGUACAGCUGCAGGUGGGUGUGCCCCCUGGGGUUGAUCCUAGGUCACUGCCACCCAUCCUGGAUCUGGGCGAUGAUGCCGAGAAGGUACAAUUCAACAUGUUCUGUGCCAAAUUUACUGUGAUCGAGCUCCAAACCGGGUAUGGUGAGGGGUGGCAUGUGUACAAUCCGGACCCGGGGACGUCGUGGUACGUGCAGGUCCUCGUUGACUUGAAGAUGUGCGACCUUGACAAGGAGCUUGACACCCCGUACUUCAACAACCAUCCAGAUCUCAAGCAGGACCUUCUGAGCCAGCUGGAGAAUCUGUCCGACACAGCAUUUAGUCUACAGCAGCUGCUCGUUGAUCUCACCAACUCAUAUCUAGGGACCUUGCCCACUUUUCCCAACAUCCCAGCUGGGUCCGGGGCACUAGAUGUGCUGAACAAUUGCUUUCUCCAAAUGUACUCCAAGUCCGUUGACGAAAAUGGGCUGCCUAUCCUCUCAGUGGUAGCCAAUAUAGAUGAUCGAUCUCCGGAUGCCAGUCAACUGCGGUUGACGAGCUUUGAUCGCCAGGUCAAUCCGCCGAGAGACAAGUCCGGUCAAGAGAUUAAGGAUCCUACCGAUGCGCAGAGAGACACUGCAACCUUGGAUCACUUGUGCGCCAUCGACAACCAUGCAUGGCCAGGGCUCUCCAGCUUCACCUGGAACUGGGUGUUGCCCGAGGACGUGAACAGCAUGAGUGGCAUCAUCUCCCUCAACCGGAAUCUCCUAGCUCAAGCCAUCCAUGACCAACUGGAAGACCAGGUGCUCAGUUGUUGUAUCAGGCCGGUGCCUUCUAUCCACGUUCACGCCUGGAAACCCAUUCCUGACUGGGGCAUCGAACUGUACUCAAACCAGUCUCCUGACGUGGACGAGAUUACCAAAGAGGGCAAUCCCACCGUGAAGUGGUCCUACACAUGUACCAGAAACUCGAGCGAUAGUAGUGGCUUAUCGAGUGGCCAGUUCAACGUGGAUGAUGAAUAUACAUGUGAGGUUUCCUUCAAAGACACCAACACCAUUGUCGUCGACCAGUACUUUCAUUUCCACAUGUAUGCCGAGUCGGACCACACAGGGGACAGUCUCACCAUAAUGAACAAAACCAUCACCGACACCUACUCAAUAGCCGUAACCGACUCGGGGUCCCUGAAGUUGAAACUCGAGGAUACAACUUCAAACGAUACCGCGGACCCGACGGACAUUAAUGGGUUCAUCAAUUUUUUCACCGGAAUCAAUGACGCAAUUGAUAAAGUCCAGGACUCCCUCCAGUCCGUAGUCGAGACUACGUUGCGGCCGACUACUCUGGAUGGGUUGCAAAACUUCAUUUUUCCCGGAGGGAAAGUCUUCACCUACAAGUCUCCGACCUUUUCCGACCACCAGGAUCUCAACUGCUCAAUUACAUACGUAGACCCAGGGUCAGUGGCGCAGAAGAAGUUUGAGAAGCAGGUUCAGGAGCAGGCUCAGAAGCAGGUUCAGAACAAGGCCGUUUUAACCGAGGGCUCGAGUGGAAUUUUGACGCAUUCAACAUCCCUCAUGCUCAACCAUGUGCAGGGCGAAAUUGUGUCCCCUAGAAAAAAGUUCCAAGCCCUGCAGAUGACCGACGGUCAUGCCAUGCUCUAUGCAAUUGACACCGAUGGACUGUUUCAUGCCAUUCUCGAGCAGAGCGGCACGAGCUCGACCGGAUGGCAGCUGUAUGAUCUCUCCACCAAGCUGAUCCAGGCAACUUUCCCCGGCGCCACCGAUGGUACGGUGCAGACAUUUGAUGUGGCCCAGAGCGUUGUUGAUGGGAGUAUCAGCAUGAUGGUUGUCAUAUCUUCCGCGGGCAGCGACGAGUUAUUCAUUUCCCUGCAGAACUCCAACCAGGAUCCCUCAUGGGCUAGUGAUCCAACCUGGACGCAUAUGCCAUUCGAUGCGGUGUCGGAAACCAUCGACGGUCUACGCAUCUCGGGCACGUACUUUGCGGAGGUUUACAGUCCGCAGCAGUACCUCAUUGUGGAUCUGGACCGAUCCGAGUCGGGAUCGACUCCUGAGAUCACUCGUUAUUAUGUCGAUCCAACCAAGUCCAGCGGGAGGUAUUGGAUGAAGCACGACGUCCCGGUUGAUAUUGAAGCCGAUGACUACGAGAGCUGUGUUGGCCAGGUGGCCCGAGGCCGUGUGGAUGGCAUCUAUACACGGGGAAGUGUCGAUAGUGUCUCACAGUUGGUGUAUCAGCCUGUGGCCAAUGCUUCUGGUGGGAUGGGACCCCCUGCCCCUCGGCGACUGGUUGUGCCCAACAGCAGCCAGGGCUUGACGUCCAUUGCCACUGCGCGCGAGUCGGAUUCCACCUCUCCCUUGUAUAACACUACGGAUCUAUAUGCUAUCGCCGACGAUACCCUCUACCGCUGGCCCUCAGAUGCGCAGAAUGACGGUUCCACUGGCCGGGAGCUGAUCACCAACAGCACCCUGUUAGGCACCUCGCCCCUCCGCGCCAUGACCCAUGACGGGGUCACCACGCUGUGGGGCAAGAAUGCUAGCGGAGACGUCUAUUACCUUUCCUGCGCAACCGACACUCUGGAUGAUCCGGAUCAAUGGAGCAUACCGGUGCCCAUCCUCACCGGUAUCGAGCAGAUGACGGCCUAUACCAACAUGGCGGAUGGGGGCAACAUCAUUUUCGCGAGCGGGGGUGGGCAGCUGUUCAUGAUCAGCCAGGCGACCAAUACCUCUGCUAAAACAUGGAAAGCCCAGACCAUCAAGCUGGCAGUACCGCCGGAGGAGAAGCCGAUUUCGUUCAAGUCCUGGACGACCAAUAUCCGAGUCACGGAUGCGCCAAACGGGCUGCCCAGCGAGGCCGUCAGUCUCGCCCUAGCUACCGACUCGCGUACCCCUGUGUAUCUCAAUGGCAUUUAUUAUCUCCUCGGUCCCACCCCCGUGGAGGUGGAAACUGAUUCCCGCGGGUCGCUGACUGUGGUGGAAGAAACCGAGGAUAUCAAUGCCGCUGUGCUAACCGUCUGGAUGAACGGCGACAGCACGGGCACGGUGAUCAACCGCAUGGAUGGGCCUUUCCAGCAGGUCAGCAGUCUCAACUCAAUCGACGCGCUCCGAGAAGCCAGCUUUCCCAGCGACACCGUUGCCGGGGGCGUGUUGGGCUCCCUGUCGUCGACGCGGUUGGUGGACCCCAGUACUAGCGACAAGGACUUGAACACCAUUGCCUCGCGCAUAGAUACCCUGGGUACGGUGUACGGCAACCAAACCCCAACCCAGCCACGUCCGCGCCGGGCGAUGCGCGUCCCCCCUUCCAAGCGUGUGGUUCCAUCGACGCGCUUCCGCUCCUCCCCACAAUUCGGUGACCCCUGGGACGAUAUUGCCAUAGCGGCGGGCGAUCUGUUCAGUUGGUUGAAGACCGGGGUCGAGGCUGUGAUCGGCUUGGUGGAAGAUGCCGCCACUGCGACAUGGCAUUUCAUCGCCACCAUUGGCGAGCAGGUCUACCGCGCCAUUCUUGACACGGUCGACGCUGUCGUGGCUGCCGUCGAGUGGGUCUUCAAUGCUAUUAAGACUGUUAUUGAGGACAUUAUCCGCUUUGUUGAGUUCUUGUUCGACUGGGAUGAUAUCCGCCGUGCCAAGGAAGUCCUGGCUAUCGUCACCCGGCUCUACGUGCAGCAUCAGGUAGACAGCAUCCCUGCGGCCAAGUCCCAGUUUGACGCAAACAUCGCGGCCUUGCAGAAGUCCCUGUCGGACUGGGCCGGCAUCACCGACUGGUCCUCCCUGGGUGACCUCGCCGGCCAAACCGCCAGCGAGGGCUCGUCCGACCCCAUGCAAGGCCAGACCGCCAGCUCGCGGUUCUUCGCCGACCAGUUUCAGAACAACGCGGCAAAUAUGAGCCUGGUCGACGGGCCCGCGGUGGCUGCGGACUCAGUCGACGAGCUGAUUCAGGCGUUGCUGGGCGCGCUCUCGGACGAAGGGGAGGUGCUGAGCGAGUUCUACCUGCAGCUGCAAGACCUGGCCAGCCACAUCAGCGAUUGGUCCGUGUCCCAUCUUCUUCAGGGCGUGGUGGCGAUCCUCGCCGAGGGCCUCCUGAGCAGUGCCCAAUCCGUUGUCGACAGUCUCAUGGACGUGCUGCAGAACAUGGCCCAGUCGGGACUGUCCCUGCUGGACAGCAAGCUCCACAUCCCCGUCAUCUCCGACAUCCUCAACGCCAUCGGCAUCCCCGACAUAAGCUUCUUGGAUUUGUUUGCCUGGAUCGCCGCCAUGGGUUACACUGUGGUCUACAAAUUAGUCGAGGGCAAGGCCCCCUUCCCGGAUACCGCGGAGGUGCAGACCCUCAUCUCCGCGAGCAGCUGGGAGGAGGUAGCCGCGAUGUUCCCCACCGUCAGCGCCACGGCUGCCCUUUCCCAUCGGACGGCCCCAAAGAACGCUUCAGUCGCCCUGCAAAAGGUCCUCUACAUUGCCAGCCACAGCACCGCCGGUUUCAUGCUGUGCGUGGCCGACUUCGUCACGACCUUCGAGGCCGAAUGCCCCACGGGGGACAACCCCUUCUCCGUCGCCUCCGCCGUGCUGGGCAUCUUUGCGGCGGCCUCCGAGGCCGCGGGCGAUCUCCUCACGCCUCGCGAUCCCAUCGACAACCCGGCAGUCGGGGUCAUCGGCGAUAUCACCAGCGGAGCCGUGAUCGUCUCCAAGCUGAUCUUCAGCGGGCCCGCCCAGAAGCUUUUCGGUGCCAGCGACUCCAAAUUCUCGGGGCUGGCCGUGGACGAUGGUCGCGCCACUGGCGCCAUCGUGAACACCGUGCUCGUCGUACCGGCCUUGUUCGUGUCUGGCUGGCACUUCUACGAGCUCAGUCAGAAGCCCGUCGAUGAGCGCCGCGCCGCCGCCAUUAUUGGCGAGGUCUCCAACCUCACCUCGUAUAUCUCGCGCGUGUGCUACGCGGUGGCGGUCAACGAUCCGGAUGAGGAGAGUCGCCUGGUGCCUAUUGUUGCCAUGGCGGCGAGUAAUCUGGCUACUGGAGGGUUGCAGACUGCUGAGGCGGUCGUUCAUUGAGAUUGUGUUUUGGUCUUUCUUAUGUCUUGUUUUUUCAUUUCCUUUCUGAUC